AUAGAACAUAAUAUAACUCUCACCCUAUUUACGAUUUCUUUCGAGCGAUUCUGUACAGAAUCCAUGGCGUCCAUUUUCUCACAGGGCUUCGCCGCUAAAUGCACCGGCGCUGCCGUGGAGUGCUCCGCCACUCAUAAUCGCCUUUCUACUUUAUCUCUUCAGGUAAACAAUUUCAGUAACUGCUGUUUCCCUAGCGGCCAACUCAAUCGGAGCGCUCUGAGCAUCGGGCGCGGCAGCUCGUCUCGAGUUCGCCGGAGUUCUCGCCGUCUUUCGGACGUAUUUGGGGAUGGAGGAGUUUAUUCUCGAUCAGAUUUUCCUGUUUUCAAAUGCUUUGCUUCAAAUAACGGGGCGUCCUCUGCUUCUGUUGUAGAGGAAAGAGUAUCUGUAUUGGUAAUCGGAGGAGGUGGGAGGGAGCAUGCCCUUUGUUAUGCCCUACGAAGAGCUCCUUCUACUGAUGCUGUGUUUUGUGCCCCUGGGAACGCCGGGAUUUGCAACUCCGGCGAUGCAACUUGUGUCGGUUACCUCGAUGUAUCAGAGAGUUCAACUGUGAUUGAUUUUUGCCUUGAGUGGGAAAUUGGAUUGGUUGUGAUUGGACCGGAGGCUCCUCUUGUUGCCGGCCUUGCCAAUGAUCUUGUCAAAGCCGGGAUUCCUACUUUCGGCCCGUCUUCAGAAGCAGCUGCCCUAGAAGGAUCAAAGGAUUUUAUGAAACGUUUGUGUGACAAAUACAAUAUUCCAACAGCUAAGUAUCGAACAUUUUCAGAUCCUUUGGAUGCAAAGGCAUAUAUAAAGGAGCAAGGCGCGCCUAUCGUUGUCAAAGCAGAUGGCUUGGCUGCCGGGAAAGGAGUUGUCGUAGCUAUGACAACAGAGGAGGCGUAUGAAGCAGUUGAAUCAAUGCUUGUGGAUAAUGCUUUUGGGUCUGCUGGUUGUCGUGUUGUGAUCGAGGAGUAUUUGGAAGGGGAGGAGGCGUCAUUUUUUGCUUUAGUCGAUGGGGAAAAUGCCAUAGCUCUAGAAUCUGCUCAGGACCAUAAACGAGUUGGCGAUGGUGAUACAGGACCUAAUACGGGUGGAAUGGGGGCAUAUUCUCCGGCCCCUGUCUUGACAAAGGAACUCCAAUCUGUUGUUAUGAAGUCCAUAAUUCUCCCGACUGUGAAAGGAAUGGCUGCUGAAGGCUGCAAAUUUGUUGGCGUCUUGUACGCGGGACUUAUGAUCGAGAAGAAGUCUGGAUUACCGAAAUUGAUUGAGUACAAUGUGCGAUUUGGCGAUCCAGAGUGCCAGGUACUCAUGGUUCGAUUGAAAUCUGACCUGGCCCAAGUGCUACUCGCCGCUUGCAGAGGACAACUAAACGGCGUAACUCUAGAUUGGUACCACGGAUCAGCCAUGGUUGUGGUGAUGGCCAGUAAGGGCUACCCGGGAAGGUACAAGAAAGGGACGGUCAUUCGCAACAUCGACGAAGCAGAGGUAGUGGCACCAAGUGUUAAAAUAUUCCACGCCGGCACGGAUCUCGACGGCGACGGGAACUACAUUGCGAGCGGCGGGCGUGUUCUUGGGAUCACUGCCAUAGGUAAGGAUCUUGAAGAGGCACGGGAUGCUGCCUACCAAGCUGUUGAGGAAAUCAACUGGCCCGAGGGAUUUUACCGGCAGGAUAUUGGGUGGAGAGCACUGCUGCCGCCUCAGAGAGAAGUGGAAGUGGUGAUGGAAGGUUGAGAUGCAAUGACAAAAUGGUCGGGCAGCGGCAGCUAUACAUCCAGAUCCGGUUUUCGGGUAACAAUAGCCCAGAGUUUUAAAUGAGCUACGGGCAGAAGGGGACAUCUUGUUUGUUGGGACAGCAGCUCAGUUUAGAAUUUGGUAAGAACUCGACCUUCUUCAUUUUGGCAAUUUUCCGAUUGUGUUUUUUGCAAUAAUAAAAGUUAGUUUAGAGAGGGAGAUAGAGAUGGCUGUUUCUUUUUUGGGAGAGAGGACGGGUUACAGGAAAGACAUUGCAACGCACAAUUUGGAUAUAUUUCUUAUUUCUUAUUAUUAUUAUUUUAAUUAUUUUUUAAUAACGUGAAAAUUUGCUGUCGCUACUACUUCUUGAUCUC